AUGGCGAAGGAGGGACCGGAGGUGAUGAUCGGAGAUGGACCAGAAGGAGAUCGGAGUGAUCGGAUGGCAAAACAAGCAGGGAUGUUUUCACUUCUGAAAGAGCUUCAUACGUUCUCCACUCGCCGAAAGCCCACCACCAUCAGGGUGAAGGUUUACCGGAGGGUUGAAGACUGGGAUGCCUCCUUUCAGCGCACACUCGACUUCAUUCUCGUCGAUAGUGAAGGAACGAAGAUUCACGCGUCCGUCAAUACACGGGCUAUGGACCGUUUUGAUUCUCUUCCAGAGGGAGCGUGGGCACAAAUAUCCGGCGUCCUUGUUUCCACUUCGAACUGUAGGAAUAGGAACCAUUUCCUCUCAACGCACAUGUGCAUGCUUGUCAUUCCAUCGGACGCGACCAUAACCCCGAUUCCACCUCUAACAGACCGCAACUUCUUCAAAUUCACUCCCUUCGAAGAUGUGAAAUUUGGAUACUUCAACAUUGCUUAUCCGAUAGAGAUUUACAGGAUGGAAGUCGAGAAAAUGGUCGUCAAUGGAGGGAAAUAUUGUCGAUUUUGGUUUAUUCCGGAAAUCCCUGGAGUUGAUGACUUGGCAAUGGUAGGAAGGCAUGAUUCGGAUAAGGCGAUAUCAGCACUGGGGACAUCAGAGGCCAACCAACUUCGUAGCAUCUGCCCUCUCUGA